CUCUCUCUCGCUCUCUCUCUCCCUGAGUAUACACCCACCUCUAGCUCUUGUUUAUUUAUGAAUGGGGAAUGAACAGAACUGUUUCCUCUUUUCUCCAUCCUUUUGUUUGAAGAAGGACCAUUGAUUCUCUGUCUUCGUAUAGUAUCUUUCUGUGUUCCCUCUUCAAAGCUGUCCUCCUCCUGGCCUCAUUCAGUAACUCUGGCUUGGCUUGUUUGUUGUCUGGGGUAACGCUGUUGCUGGGGACGAUGUCAGAACACAUUCAGCUCUCAAUAGCCCUGUGUAGGAUUGGCUUUUACACGUGUCUUCAGAAAUUGUGCUGUAAGGCCCCCCCUCCACCUAGACCAGAGUAUGAUGUAGUGUGCAUUGGACUGAGUGGUGCCGGCAAGACCAGUCUGCUAUCUCGCUUGUGCAAUGAGAUCAGUGAUGGCACGAUACCAACCACAGGUUUCAGCAUCAAGGCAGUGCCAUUUGAAAAUGCGAUACUGAAUGUGAAGGAACUAGGAGGAGCUGAGACCAUCAAGAAAUACUGGAGCCGAUAUUAUCAAGGUUCCCAGGGUGUAGUGUUUGUCCUCAAUAGUGCUGCAUCAGAUGAAGAGAUGGAGGCUUCCCGGUCUGAGCUCCACUUGGCCCUGCAGCAUCCUCAGCUGUGCACCCUUCCUUUCCUCAUUCUCGCCAACCACCAGGAUUCACCAGCUGCCCGCUCUGUGUCAGAGAAGGGAAAUAUUCAUGGGACGGAAUUCCUUGUUGACACCAACCUCCUGCUGUUGGGGCCCAAGGAGGAAGUGAGCAGAGAGAGGGGCGUCAUAUGUUGAUACAACACCUCAACAAAGCAGGCUGUGUGGAUGUUUUGCCCCGAUGCACUGUUUCUUGUUUUAUGAAGGUUUCCUGCAUGAAUGCUCAAAUGUUGGACUGAAGAACUGAUCUUAGGAUAGAGAAGAUAUCAUAUUUUUACCAACUGUGAAAUCAACCAUAUUCUACACAGAGUCUGUGCUGAUGUUCUAGAGGUGCAACACAGGUCUGAUAACAUCAUCCUUUAAGUCCCCAGAUCAAUUUCGGAUGAUCUGAUCUAGUGGUCAGCUGGUAUCAGAUGAUAUUUGGCUUUUUUUUUUAAAUCAUCUCCAUCGCCGAUAAGUGAUGGAAGCUGAGCUUUUAUAUUUACAGCGUUGAGAACAGCAGUGCUUGAGCUCAGACUCAAAGGAGCACCCAUUAUCUGUCUUCAUUAGUUUACUGUCUGUUAAUAGUUUUGUCUAAUUAAUUAGUAACAAACAAAGAAAUAAAAGGUCUGUUAAAAGGGUUAGUUCACCCAAAAA